CAGGGCCUCCGCGUGAGCUGCGUGCCGGAGAGCCGGAGUGAGGCCGACUCACCAGAGGUGGCAGCAACAGGCCAGAUUCACUCUCUAGUCUCCUCCGGAUGCGGCCAAGCUGGUUUCCCACCGACUUUCAUUCGACACGGCACAGACAGGGACUGGGGUGAAAAGCCAUAAAGAUGGCGCUGGCUGUUCGUCUUUUUCCCCGAUUGCUGCUCGCUCCGCCGCUGCCCGGCGGGGCCGGCCGACCCCGGACUCCCCGUGGAGCCGAGGUGAGACCGCCGUUGGCUGAACUCUGCCGCUUCUGCCGCCGCCGCCUCGGCUCCGGACCGGUCCCGCUUCCUCGAGUCACUUGGGCCUCGGCGCUGCCCGCUCGGGGCCCGCAGCGUCCCCUGCUCAGCCCUCCGGGACUACCCGCAGCCCUCUCCGCUUUCCCUGCCUACCCCCGGCGCAGCUACAGCGCCGAGGAGCAGCCCCAGCCGCGCCAGAAAACCAAGAUGAUCAUUCUGGGAUUCUCCAACCCCAUCAACUGGGUUCGGACUCGAAUUUACGCUUUCCUGAUCUGGGCCUAUUUCGACCAAGAGUUCAGCAUCGCAGAAUUCUCUGAGGGAGCGAAGCAGGCUUUUGCUCAUGUGUCCAAGUUGCUGUCACAAUGCAAAUUUGAUCUAUUGGAAGAACUUGUGGCCAAAGAGGUGCUACAUGUAUUGAAGGAAAAGGUUACUUCAUUACCUGAUAACCAUAAAAAUGCCCUUGCUGCUGACAUAGAUGAGAUUGUAUACACAUCAACAGGAGACAUCUCCAUUUACUAUGAUGAGAAAGGAAGGAAGUUUGUUAACAUCCUGAUGUGCUUUUGGUAUCUAACCAGUGCCAACAUCCCCAGUGAAACUUUAAGUGGAGCCAGUGUAUUCCAGGUUAAAUUGGGAGAUCAGAACGUGGAAACUAAACAACUUCUUAGUGCAAGCUAUGAAUUUCAGAGGGAGUUUACACAAGGAGUAAAGCCUGACUGGACCAUCGCACGGAUUGAACACUCAAAGUUAUUAGAAUGAUCUUUCUUGAAAAAUCAGCUUGUUGGACUUUUGGCAAUUACUAGGAAAAAUUAAGGAAAAAACCAUUUUGGAUCAGUUGAUCUUCACAUAGUCAAGUCUGUGGAUCACUUUUGUAUUAUUUUGAAAUAUUCCUUGUAGUAUAUUGGCAUGGUACAGUAAAGCCUUUUCCACAGAUUAUUAUCACCUUCUAUAAAAGAGAUCAAAGUAAAAAAACUACAACAGCUCA